UGCUGACUGUCCAUACAAACUCAACCACUUAUUGCCUUCUUCCUCUUAUCUAACCAAACCCGAACGCUCCCUAAACAAAACGCCAAACCAUGGAACACGAAACCACGGACAGCAGGAACAACGCCAGACUGGCCAUACUUGAACUCGCCAACAUGAUCAGCGUUCCUAUGUCUCUAAACGCUGUCGUACGCCUCAACGUUGCCGAUGCAAUCUGGCAAGGCGGUGCCAACACUCCUCUCUCCGCCUCUCAGAUUCUCGCACGUAUUGCGCCUUCCGGCGCAGGAGAUCCUGAAACCUUACAACGCGUCCUCCGCGUGCUCAGCAGCUACGGCGUCUUUGCUGAGCAUCUUAACGACGCUGAUUCUUCUGAAAGAAAAUAUAGUCUCACUGAGACCGGAAAGACUCUUGCCACUGAUUCUCAAGGUCUAUCCUACGCGCCUUACGUCCUCCAACACUACCAGGACGCGCUGAUGAGAGCGUGGCCACUGAUGCACGAGAUGAUAGUGGACUCUACAUCAAUGCCAUUCGUGAAGGCGAACGGUGAGGAAGCGUAUAGUUAUUAUGGGAAGAAGCCAGAAAUGAACGAAUUGAUGCUGAAGGCAAUGUCUGGGAUAUCUGUGCCGUUCAUGAAGGCUAUAUUGCAUGGUUAUAAUGGGUUUGAUGGUGUGAAGCGAUUGGUAGAUGUGGGUGGGAGUACAGGGGAUUGCCUGAGGAUGAUUUUACAGAAGUACCCUUCUAUUGUUGAAGGGAUCAACUUUGAUUUGCCUGAGGUUGUUGCCAAAGCACCAAGUAUACCGGGUGUGACGCAUGUUGGUGGUGACAUGUUUAAGUCAAUUCCUGGUGGGGAUGCUAUCUUCAUGAAGUGGAUUUUGACAACCUGGACAGAUGAAAGAUGCAAGUUGAUAAUGGAGACUUGUUUUAAAGCACUGCCUGUGGGCGGGAAACUGAUAGCUUGUGAACCGGUGUUGCCUGAGAAAACAGAUGAUAGUCAGAGGACUCGAGCUCUAUUGGAAGGAGACAUCUUCGUUAUGACGAUCUACGGAGGCAAGCACAGAACUGAACAACAGUUUAAGCAGCUUGGUCUCUCUGCAGGUUUCCCCAAUUUCAAACCAUUCUAUGUUGAUUAUUUCUACACUGUUUUAGAGUUCCAGAAAUGAUUUUAACAAUUGUACUACCACCUAAAUUAUUGGAAGAAUAAAAACUACUACCUAUGUCUCUGUCUGUGUUUUCAUUUCAAGAAGACAAUUUUAUUCUCAGAACUUUCAUAAAGUUGAUUCCCUGAUCCA